UGCCAGCCGCCAUCAGGACAAGGAAGAUGUAAAGUACCGGUAAGCCACGAGCCAUGUGGCAAGGUAUAGAUUAAUAGAAAUGGAUUAAUUUAAGCUGUAAGAACAGUUAGCAAGAAGCCUGCCACGGCCAUACAGUUUGUAAGCAAUAUAAGUCUCUGUGUUUACUUGGUCGGGUUUCAGUGGCUUGGGACUGGCGGGUGAGAGAGAUUUGUCCUGACUGUGGGCCAGGCAGGAAAACUUUAGCAACAAAUGGCGCCCAACGUGGGGCUCGAACCCACGACCCUGAGAUUAAGAGUCCCAGAGAACAGGAAGCUGAGUGAGGGAGACACUGCCAGCCGCCAUGAUGAGAAACAGCAUGUAAAGAUGCCGGUAAGCCAUGAGCCAUGUGGCAAGGUAUAGAUUAAUAGAAAUGGAUUAAUUUAAGCUGUAAGAACAGUUAGCAAGAAGCCUGCCACGGCCAUACAGUUUGUAAGCAAUAUAAGUCUCUGUGUUUACUUGGUCGGGUUUGAGCGGCUUGGGACUGGCGGGUGAGAGAGAUUUGUCCUGACCGUGGGCCAGGCAGGAAAACUCUACCUACAACUAUUAGUAGUUGUGUAUUUACCACACUGGUGGGUUGUUUUGUUUUGAAUUUGAAACAGGGUCUUUACUGUAGUUGGAAGUUUCUCCAGUCCUGCCCACCCCGAGGUCCACCCCAAUGGUCCUCCACCUGCUUAUAAAAUAAUCACUCAGAGGCUUUUAUUAAUUACAAACUGUAUGGCCUAUGGCUUUAGCAUCUUACUAGCUAGCUCUUUCAUCUUAAAUUAACCCAUGCCUAUUAAUCUAUACGUUGCCACAAGGCCAUAGCAUCACCAGUCUGCUGGCAUCUUAUUGCUCCUUUGGUGGUGGUAGCUGGUGUCUCUCCCGACUCAGCCUUUCUUCUCUCUGUAUCUCUGCUUAGAUUUCCCACCUGGCUGUAAGCUUUCUUGGCAUAGGUCAAAACAGCUUUAUUUAUUAUCCAAUGGGAGCCAUACAUAUUCACAGCAUACAGAAAGACAUCCCAUAGCACUUUAUAGCUUGGGCUGGCAUUGAACUAGCUAUCCAUUCUACUCAGCUUUCUCAGUGCAGAGACUAUCAGCAUGUGCCACCAAUCAGAACCCAGAUGGAUAUUUUUAUUAAUAUUUUAAUGAUUGGCCAUGCAUAGUAUAGGUAGCAUUGGUCCACUGUGCUUGCUGAUUUCCAUGGGGGUAUUAUUGUGAGAUCAUGGGACCAGAGUUAGGAAGACAAUUGCACAAUCAGCUUUUGUGAGCUGCUGCUAGCUGGCCUUUGCAGACCAGUACACUGUUGUAAGAAUCCUAAAUGGUCUUAUGUGGUUGAUAUAUUGUGCACCCCAAUAAACUUAUCUGGGGGUCAGAGAACAGAACAGCUACUAUAUUAAACAUAGGUUUAGGCAGUGGUAGCACACGCCUUUAAUCCUAGCAUUCCAGAGGAAGAGAUCUGUCUGGAUCUCUGUGAGUUCAAAGCCACACUGGAAACAACCAGGCAUGAUAUUAAUCCCAGGAAGGGAUGGCAGGAAGCAGAAAGGUAUAUAAGGUGUGAGGACGAGGAACUAGACCCUGGUUAAGCUUUUAGGCUUUUAGCAGCAGUUCAGCUGAGAUUCAUUCAGAUGAGGCCACAGAGGCUUCCAGUUUGAGUAAACGAGAUCAGCUGAGGCACUGGCAAGGCGAGGUUAGCUGUGGCUGGUUCUGUUUCUCUGAUCUUUCAGUGUUAACCCCAAUAUCUGCCCCCCAGGUUUGUUUUAUUAAUAAGACCGUUUAAGAUUCGUGCUACAGUCUUAUAAUGAAAACCUGAGCCAGAUAUUGGGGCAAAUGCUGAAAGAUCUGAGGAAACAAGCCACAGCCACUUCUCACCUCACCAACUCCUCAGCCGAAAAGAGAAGGUCCUGUCUCCACGAAUCCUGAGAUCGAAUGCCUCUGAGUCCUCAGCCAAAAGGGCCUAAUUCCUGUCUCGUCUGCUUUAUAUUCCUUUCUCUGCCUAGCCAUAUAACUUCCUGCCUCAACUAGGAAAGUGUUGGGAUUAAAGGCGUGUGACUCCCAAGUACUGGGAUUAAAGGUGUGUGAUCCCAAGUGCUGGAAUUAAAGGUGUGUGCCGCCACGGCCUGGCUGUUUCUCUUUUAAACUGGAUUAAUCUUGUGUAGUCCAGGGUGUCUUUAAACUCAGAUCCAGAAGGAUCUUUGUUUCCCCAGUGCUAGGAUUAAAGGUGUGUACCAUCACUGCCUGACCUCUAUAAUUCUGUGGCUGGCUCUGUUGUCUGAUCUUUAGUUCUUAGAUUACAAAUAUACUUCUCAAACUCCAGGACCGGCGGCAGCGACGGUGGCAGAGGCGCAGGGUGUUUUAAUUCAAAUGGGUGAUGAAAAGGACUCUUGGAAAGUGAAAAUGUUAGAUGAAAUUCUCCAGGAAAAGAAACGAAGGAAAAAACAAAAGGAGAAAGCAGAGAUAAAACACUUAAAAAUUUCUGAUGACGGGGAUUCCCUUGAGGAGGGGGAGCUGAGAGAUGACCCAAUGGAAACCACAAUCAGGAACUCACCAUAUAGAAGAGACGAUUCUCUGGAAGAUAGAGGAGAGGAAGAUAAUUCUCUGGCCAUUAAACCACCCCAGCAAAUGUCCCAGAAAGAAAAAGUUCAUCACAGAAAAGAUGAGAAGAGAAAAGAGAAGCGUAGACAUGGUAGCCAUUCAGCAGAGGGAGGGAAGCACGCUAGAGUGAAAGAAAGAGAACAUGAACGUCGGAAACGCCAUCGAGAAGUACAAGAUAAAGCUCGCAGAGAAUGGGAAAGACAGAAGAAGAGAGAAAUGGCAAGAGAACAUUCCAGGAGAGAAAGGGAAGGCGUGGAGCAGUUAGAAAGGAAGAGGGAGCGGAAGCGCAAGAUGAGGGAGCAACAGAAGGAACAGCGGGAACAAAAUGAGCAGGAACGGAGGGCAAAAGAGCCUCACAAAGAGAGAGAAGCAUGUAGGGAAGUCUCUGCACAGCACCGUACCAUGGGGGAGGACUACAGUGAUAAAGGAAAGGUUGGCCACUGGAGCCGCUGCCCUCUGCGGCCACCUCGAGAGCGCGUUGAGCUGGGAGACAACCGUAAACCAGUGAAAGAAGAGAAAGUAGAAGAAAGAGACCUUCUGUCAGACCUACAGGGCAUCAGUGACAGUGAGAGGAAGACCAGCUCAGCCGAGUCUUCAUUAGCAGAAUCAGGCUCAGGUUCUGAGAAGGAGGAGGAGGAAGAGGAAGAAGGGAGCACCAAUGAAGAAUCAGAGGAAGAGGAGACUGGGAGCAACUCUGAGGAAGCCUCAGAACAGCCUGCGGAAGAAGUGAGUGAUGAAGAAAUGAGUGAAGAUGAAGAGAGAGAAAAUGAAAACCAUAUCUUGGUUGUUCCAGAGUCGCGAUUUGACCGAGAUUCUGGGGACAGUGAAGAAGGGGAAGAAGUGGGUGAGGGGACCCCACAGAGCAGUGCCCCAAUGGAAGGAGACUAUGUGCCUGACUCUCCAGCCCUGUCGCCCAUUGAACUAAAACAGGAGCUGCCCAAGUACCUGCCAGCCCUGCAGGGAUGCCGGAGUGUAGAGGAGUUCCAGUGCCUGAACAGAAUUGAAGAAGGCACCUAUGGAGUAGUCUACAGAGCAAAGGACAAGAAAACAGAUGAAAUUGUGGCUCUGAAGCGGCUAAAGAUGGAGAAGAAGGAAGGCUUCCCAAUCACCUCACUGAGGGAGAUCAGCACCAUCCUCAAGGCCCAGCACCCCAAUAUCGUCACUGUCCGAGAAAUCGUUGUGGGAAGCAACAUGGACACGAUCUACAUUGUGAUGAAUUAUGUUGAGAAUGACCUCAGGAGCCUAAUGGAGACCAUGAAGCAGCCCUUUCUGCCAGGGGAGGUGAAGACCCUAAUGAUCCAGCUGCUGAGUGGGGUGAAGCACCUCCAUGACAAUUGGAUCCUGCACCGUGACCUUAAGACCUCUAACCUUCUGCUGAGCCAUGCUGGCAUUCUCAAGGUCGGUGACUUUGGGCUGGCUCGUGAGUAUGGUUCACCCCUGAAGGCCUACACUCCAGUUGUCGUGACCCUAUGGUAUCGAGCCCCAGAACUGCUGCUUGGUGCUAAGGAGUACUCUACAGCUGUGGACAUGUGGUCAGUGGGCUGUAUUUUUGGAGAGCUGCUGACACAGAAACCUCUGUUCCCUGGGAAGUCAGAGAUCGAUCAGAUCAACAAGGUUUUCAAGGACCUGGGGACUCCCAGUGAGAAAAUCUGGCCUGGCUAUAAUGACCUCCCAGCAGUCAAGAAGAUGACCUUCAGCAAGUAUCCCUAUAACAACCUCCGCAAGCGAUUUGGGGCUUUGUUAUCAGAUCAGGGCUUUGAGCUCAUGAACAAGUUCCUGACAUACUAUCCUGUGAGGAGGAUCAAUGCAGAAGAUGGCCUCAAGCAUGAGUAUUUCCGAGAGACUCCCCUCCCCAUUGACCCGUCCAUGUUUCCCACAUGGCCGGCCAAGAGUGAGCAGCAGAGGGUGAAGUGAGGCACGAGUCCAUGCCCCGCCGAGGGCCGCCUGGGCUACAGCCAGCUGGGUGAUGAUGACCUGAAGGAGACAGGCUUCCACCUCACCACCACCAACCAGGGAGCCUCAGCUGCUGGCCCUGGCUUCAGCCUCAAGUUCUAAGAUCAGAUUGACUGACCCUGCCCAGCUACGUGGGACAGGCAGACCUGCUGAGUCAGGACAACCUUCAUUUUUGGUGGUGGUGUUUUGUUUUCUCCAUGUUGUUGUUUGUUUUCGGGCGGGUUGUAAAUUUGUAGAAUUAAAUCACAAAAAAUAAAUGUAUCGCUACAGUGUACUAAUGUAAAGUAUACACAAGGAUUUUAUUCAUGCUUUCUUUCUGAAUCAUUUGUAUGUAACUUAAAGAAAUAAUGCUCCCGUUAGCCUUAAAUACUUCAGGGUGUUGGAUUUUUGAAUUAUAAUCUGUUUUUAUGUUCAAAUAAAAAAAAAGAAAGAAAAAAUACUUCAGGGUGUAUUUCCUUUUCUUAUUUUGUUCUGAAAUGGAGGCUUGCUGUCCUCCUACCUCAGGCUCUGAAAUGUGGGAAAUAGAGGUUUAUGUUGUCACACUUGACUUCCUUUCUUUUUUGCAACAAGGUUGCCCAGGAUGGUCUGGAACUAUUGAGCUCAAACAAGAUCCUGCCUCAACCUCUUGAGUAGACUAAAAUGCAUAGCCCCCCUCUCCCUUGAGUUCAUAUUUCUGAAGAAUAAACACACCAGUUAGCAUAACCACAAGACAACAAUCAGCAGGAAUACACUCCACUAUAAGUCACUCAAGCUUUGUCCAUUUCUCUAAGAAUGUCCUGAAUAGCUGUUAAAAAGAAUAAAAUUGGCCGGGCGGUGGUGGCGCACGCCUUUAAUCCUAGCACUCGGGAGGCAGAUCUCUGUGAGUUCAAGGCCAGCCUGGGCUACAGAGUGAGUUUCAGGAAAGGCACAAAGCUACACAGAGAAACCAUGUCUCGAAAAACAAAAACAAAAACAAAAACAAAACAAAACAAAAAGAAUAAAAUUGAAGCCAGGCGGUGGUGGCGCACGCCUUUAAUCCCAGCACCCAGGAGGCAGAGGCAGGCGGAUCACUGAGUUUGAGGCCAAGCCUGGUCUACAGGACAGCCAGGGCUGUUACAUAGAGAAACCCUGUCUUGAAAAACCAACCCCCUGCACCCCUUCAAAAAAAACCCCAAAAGAAUAAUAUGAGCAUUUUCUGUAUUUGGGGAAUAAAAUAUUUUCUCAGAAGUUUCUAUCUCUAGCCCUCUUGUGCUUGGCAAAUACCCACUCCUCCUGUCUUCACACCUCUUAAUCUUUCCACAACAUUAAUUUCUAGUGUCUAACAUUAGAGGUGUUAUCAGCAAACAGCAAACAUGCUGACAGUGGUUCUGGGGUUUGAACAUUUUAGUUAAUGCUGGUAGUUAACGUGGAACAAAUACUGCACUUAAAUUCAAGUAGUCUUUGUGGCUAUUUAGUGUCCCUUAGUUACUAAUAGGACCUUUGAUCUAUAAGCUUGUCUGUGUGCCAAUAAAGCAAUCUUUCUGGAGGUUCCUGGGACGUGCUAAUUUUAAGCAAAUCCCUUUCAGUAUUGUAGGGAAAUAGGCAAAAUAUGCUUGUUUUGGGUUUGGGGUGACAAAGGCCUUUGCUGCCUAAGAAUAACAUAUGAUUUUGCUUCCAAAUUGAUUGUUAUUUCUUUCUUUAAAAAAAAAUCUUUUUGGUACAACACUGCAUAUUGAGCGCAUUCCCCUCUCCUCCCUGUUCUCACCCUUCCUCUUCCCAUUAGUCCUCUGUCACCAUAGUUAGUUUUCCUUUCACUUCCAUGUCUUAUGUACAUGUUAUUUUAUGUAUCGCUAUAAGAGCUAGGAACUGCAGUGAGAGAAAACAUAUCUUUCUGAGGUUGGCUUAUUUUAUUUAAUGCGAUUAUCUCUAGUUGCCCCCCCCCCAAUUUCCUGCAUACUACACAGCAUCAUUCUUACAGCUGAAAAAAGUCACACACACACACACACACACACACACACACACACACACACACACACGCAUAUAGGUUUUUUUGGUUUUUUUUGUGGAGCUGAGGUUCGAGCCCAGGGCCUUGCACUUGCUAGGCAAGCACUCUACCACUGAGCUAAAUCCCCAACCCCAUAGUUUUAAAUACUAAAGAUUCUUUCCAGGUACAGUAGAGAUAUGUGCUGAGGUGGGUUUUAGGCAAUGGGAUCUUUUAAUAACACUGGCCAAUCGAAUAGGAGGAAACUGGAAUAAGGUGGGUGGGGCCCCUCAACACCUCUCAGAAUGGAGGGAAUUCUUUACAUCAAUAGUUUUUACAACAUUGUUCUUUCAACCUGUGGGUCGUGACCCAUUCACAGGGGUCACAUAUCAGAUAUUUACAUAACGAUUCAUAACAGUAGCAAAAUUAUAGUUAUGAAAUGGCAACGAAAAUAAUUUUAUGGUUGGGAGUCACUACAACAUGAGGAACUGUAUUUAAAUGAUCAAAACAUUAGGAAGGUGGAGAAUCAUUGUCCUACAAGGUAGAGGUCUCUGUGUUUGGAGGAUAGGAGUCUCUAAAUUUAGCAGAUUAGGAAAGUCACUAGAUAGGCUAUAAAGCAGUACUUUAGGAAGUUAAUCGUAUUGUCCCACCCUACCUUGAGGAUGUUACAAAGUGCUAGGAGAUUAGCAGUUUAGGGAAGGUUCUAGUUAGGAUAUAUAAGGUGUGGCAGAUCUCCUUUACAUGGGAAGCUCCUUUGAUCUAACACACACAUUUUCCUUACGUAUCCUCUUUGGUUGGAUACCUAAGUUGGUUCGAUAAUAUAGUUAUUGUGUAUAGUGCUGCAAUAGACAUUGAUGUGCAAGAAUCUCCAUGAUGUGGACUUGGGGUCCUUUCAGUAAUAAUCCACAAGUGGACCACAUGGUAGAUCUAUUUUUAGUUCUUUCAAGAACCCCCAUAUGGACUUCCAGAGUGGCUGGACUAGUUUAUAAUUCCCUCCCACGGUGUGCAAGAGUCCCCCCAUUGUCCACAAACUCACCAGCAUGUGUUGUUUUCUUAACAACUGCCAUUCUUAUUGGGAUGGAAUGGCAUCUCAAUGUAAUUUCGAUCUGCAAUUUCUCUGACAGCUAGUAAGGGUGAACAUGUUUUCAUUUGUAUAUUGUGAUUGUCAUUUUUGUAAGAACAAAAGCAUAGUUAAUUCGAGGCAGCCUGGGGUGUACUAGACCCUAUUUUAAAAAAAAAGUCUGUGUCAAAAUAGUACCUUUAAAGUAGUUGGUGAGUUUGAAUUGAUAGGUCUUCCCUUGGUCACUAUUUCUUGUAAACUGGCACUAAAAAUAAUGCACAUGGCAUUCUUCUACAUAAGUAAAGCCCAUGUUAUUUUAACUACUUAAUACUGAUAAGCAGAAUCAGUGCUGCAUAUAACCUUGGUGCCUGGGCCUCCCACCUGCCUCUCCUGCAAGUGCGUACAAGAAUCUCUCAUAAGUUGCUGACUUGGAGUCCUUUUGGUACUCCUACUACCCAGCGGUAGUAGAGCUGGAUCAUAUGGAGGAUCUAUUUUAAUUUUUUUUGAGAAAUCGGCACACUUAUCCUGUAGUGGCUGACUAAUUUGCAUUCCCACCACCAACAUAGAAAGCUGUAUAUGUCCGUCCCCACCCGUACAGUGUAAUUGCCUCCAGUUCUUUGAACGGUGUUCCCUGUCCUUGCGUCCCCAUUGCCCAAAUGAACUACAGGUCUUACACUUCCAGGGCAAGGUGGGCAUUCGGUUUUCACAUCUUUGUUCCCACGACUUCCUGGACAAGUGCUCUGUCUUUUGUUUGUUUAAUGGAUACUAUACCACCUCAACUGUUCCCUGCCUUUGGGGACUCGGCCACAUUCUCCUUUGUGCACGUCCCGUGCUGUCAGUCCUCUGGAACUCUUGUUUGGAUUGAUUUGAGCCUUAGUCUCUUUUCUUAAUAGAUUCCAAGUUGCCUGAGUUCAAGGACCUUCUUCAAGUAUUUUUCCUAUUAACAACUCCUAAAGUACUGUGUGUCUGAGUUCCAUGGGAUACUCAGGAAAUACUUUUGAAUGAAAAAAAAAAACUGGAAUCACAAAUCUCUAGAUAGACAUUGCCCAGUGCAGUAGCCACUAGUCACAUGUGACUAUUUACAUUUAAGUUUUAAUUAAAACUAAUUAAAAUAAAAAAUGCUCUAGCUACAUUAAAAGUAUUCAAGAGUGACAUGUGGUUACCACAUCAGUCAAUACGGUUUUGCAAACUGUCAUCAUUACAAAACAUUGUUUUUUUAGAUAAAAUCUCACUAUGUAGCCCUGGUGGUCCCAGAACUCGAUAUGUAGACGAGGCUGUCCUUGAACUCACAGAGAUCUGCCUGCCUCUACCUCCCAGGUGCUGGGAUCAAAGGUGUUUACUACCACACCCAGGGCAAAACAUUCUAAUAGUGCCAACCAAGAUUAUUAUUUAUUUUCUCAUCUCAAUGUAGUAAAAAAUUAUUGAUUUCUACUACAUGCUAACAUUAGGUUAUAAUAAAUGCAAAAACAACCGCUAUUAUGAUUUCUAUUUUUAAGGCAUUAAAAAGCCUAGUAGGGGGACUGGAAAGAUGGCUCAGCAGUUAAGAAAACUUGUUCUUGCAGAGGACCCAGAUUUUGUUUCCAGCACCCACAUGGUGGCUCACAUCCAUAACUCUAGUUCCAGGGGAUCUGAUGUCCUCUUCUGACCUUUAUAGGCAACAGGCACGCAUGUCAUGGACAUAUAUACAUACUGGCAAAGUGCUUAUAGACAUGAAACAAAUACAUCUUUAAAAAUUAAUUAAGGGCUGGAGAGAUGGCUCAGAGGUUAAGAGCACUGACUGCUCUUCCAGAGGUCCUGAGUUCAAUUCCCAGCACCCACAUGGUGGCUCACAACCAUCUGUAAUGAGAUCUGGUGUCCUCUUCUGUAUACAUAAUAAAUAAAUAAAUCUUUAAAAAAAUUAAUUAAACCCAAACCUGGUUAGAGAGAUGACUUCCAAAAUGAGAGACAUAAUUUCCAUAUUUAAAUUAGAAAUGUAAGAUUGUAUAAAAUUGCCAGGCAGUGGUGGUGCACCCCUUUAAUCCCUUAGGAGGCACUUAGGCAGAGGCAGGUGGAUCUCUGUGAAUUCAAGGCCAGCCUGGUCUACAGAGAGUUCCAGGACAGCCAGGGCUACACAGAGAAACCCUGUCUCAAAAACAAAAAACAGGCCGGGCGGUGGUGGCACACGCCUUUAAUCCCUGCACUCGGGAGGCAGAGCCAGGCGGAUCUCUGUGAGUUCGAGGCCAGCCUGGACUACCAAGUGAGUUCCAGGAAAGGCGCAAAGCUACACAGAGAAACCCUGUCUCGAAAAAACCAAAAAAAACAAAACAAAACAAAAAAACAACAACAAACAAACCAAACCAAAAAAGAUUGUAUAAGAUUGAAUGGAGAAAAUCUUGAGAAAAGAAAGAGAAAUAGUUUGGGUACAGGGGUGGGAAAGUGCUUCAAAAGUACUAGGUAAUUUGUUUUGCUUACAAUGUUUGGCUAGGGGCCGGAUAUGUAUCUUAUUAGUAGAGUACUUGCCUGGAAUACAAGAUACCCUGGGUCUGAUUCAUGUGUGUCUGAUUCACACACACACACACAAACACACACAAAUCAAACCAAACCAAACUAUGUGGCACAUGAGCAGGGUGUAGUUGUUUACUAGUUCAUUCUUUCAUUCAACAAAUACACACCCACCUAUGCAUAUGGCUUUUAACCUAGAGUCUUCCCAUUGCUAAUCAUGCAUUCUGUCACUGAGUUAUGUCCUCAGACUUUCAACAAAUAAGUGUCAGUGUAGUUUGUUAUCUGAUUGCCCAACUGCCCUUCUCUAAAGUCCUUGCUGGCCCUCUUCUCCCCCAAUAGUUCCCCUUUCUGCUUUUAUGUAAGUUGUAUUCCAUUACCCUCUUUUCCUCUGUGAGAUCUCUUCUACUCCCAUGGUCUCUCUUCUGUUUGCAUGUCUACAUACACACACGUAAGUCACAUAAUACACACAGUCUUUUUCUCUUUUCUUUUCUUUUUAGGGGGGAGGUGCUUCAAAACAGGGUUUCUCUGUGUAGCCCAAGCUGUCCUGGAACUUGCUCUGUAGACCAGGCUGGCCUUGAACUCACUGAGAUCUGCCUGCCUCUGAUUCCCAAGUGCUGGAUAAAAAGCACGCACCAUCACUGCCAGGCUCACACAUACAUUCCUGAAUAAUCUAGAUUCUGUGAAUGAGAGAAAACACGUGAUAGUUUGAUUUCUCAAUUUGGCUUAUUUUGCUUAACAUAAUGAUUUCAAGUUCCACCUAUUUUCCUGCAAAUUACAGUUCUACUUUUAGCUUUAUCAGGAACAUCCAUGUUGAUUUCCAUAGUUGCUGCACCAGAUUUUAUCCCCACCAAGCAGUGUGUAAAGGUUCCUCUUUCCUAACAUCCUCAGUAGCAUUUCCAAACUACCACUUAUUUUCUCUGCAAAGUAAAGGAAAUAGAACCUUGAACAAUAGAGAUAUUACUCCAUCAGACUUCACUUUGAGGAGUGAUGAAAUUUAGAUGAGUGGGGAAGGUACUAAAAACUACCCUAAAGAUUUUAGACUUUGUUCUUCAGGUUUUCACUUCAAAGCCUGCACUACCAGCAUAGGUGUGUCCUGGAAGUUUGCUGGAUAUGGAGAAUCAAUCACAAGUCUCACACUAACUCUAGACUUCUCAAAACAAAAUUGGCAUUUAAGGAAGAUCCCUAGUUCUUUUCUUUUCUUUUUAAAUUAUUUAAUUAUUUUUCUAUUAUCAUCUUGAUACAGUAUAAAUUCUUAUCUUAAUAGUGAAAUGUUUCAUUGAGGCUUACUCAGUAAUUGAGUAAACCCAAAACUUAUUAUAAGCCACAGUCAUCCUAGGGUCCCCCCUGCUAAGUAGCCUCCCUGGUUCUGUGGGUUGCAGUCUGAUUGUUCUUUGCUUUAUAUCUAGAAUCCACUUAUGAGUGAGUACAUACCAUGUUUGUCCUUCUGGGUUUGGGUUACCUCACUCAGGAUCUUUUUUUUUAAUUUUAAUUUUUGAGAUAGGGUCUCACAUAGCCCAGGCUAGCUUUGAGCUCCUGGUCUUCCUGCCUCCACUUUUCCAGUACUUGGAUUACAGGUGUGUGCUACCACACCUGUCCCUCAGGAGAUUCCAGAUACACCUCGAUGUUAUAGAAGCAGGAAUGUAAGCAAUGUGGGCCAAUAAGAAAUUGCAUAAUUGAGCCGGAUAUGGUGGUGCAUGCUUUUAAUUCCAGACCUUGGGCAGUAGAGGCAGACAGAUCUCUGUAAGUUUGAGGGCCAGUCAGGUUUACAUCGUGAGUUCCAGACCAGCCAGGGCUACAUAGUGAGACCUUGUCUGAAAAAAAAAAAACACAACAAAAACCAAAAAACAAACAAACAAAAAACAAACCAAAAAACCAAAACAAAAGACAAACAAACAAAAGGCUGAGUGGUGGUGCAUACCUUUAAUCACAGCAUUCAGGAGAUUGAGACAGGUGAAUCUCUGUGAGUUCAAGGCCAGCCUGGUCUACUUAGCAAGUUCUAGGACAGCUGGGGCUACAUAGAGAGAUCUUGUCUCAAGAACAGAGAGAGAGAGAGAGAGAGAGACAGACAGACAGACAGACAGACAGAGAGAGAGAGAGAGAGAGAGAGAGACAGACACACACACAGACACACACACACACACACACACACACACACACACACACAUAGAGAGAGAUAGAGAGAGAAUAACACAGAAAGGCAGACAGACACAGACACAUACACAGAGAAAGAGAGAGAGAUUUAGUCUUUAGUAUGUAGAUGCACCUUCAAUUCCAUUGACUCAUUGGGAUGACUGCAUAGUCAAAGUCAAAAGAAUCAGAAAAUCCAGUAAUAUGGUAUUUAAGAUGUCUUUAAAAAGUGUAAUUUGUGCCAGGCGGUGGUGGCGCAUGCCUUUACUCCCAGCACUCAGGAGGCAGAGCCAGGCAGAUCUCUGUGAGUUCGAGGCCAGCUUGGUCUACAGAGCGAGAUCCAGGACAGGCACCAAAACUACACAGAGAAACCCUUUCUUGAAAAACAAAACAAAACAAAAAAAAGUGUGAUUUGUUUUAGAUGAGGCUUUUGUUUUGUUUUAGAGACAGUGUUUCUCUGUGUAGCCCUGGAACUGGUUCUGUAGAUCCGCCUGUUUCUGCCUCCUGAGUGCUGGGAUUAAAGGCGUGCAACCAUCACCACCCGGCUUAGAUCAGGUUUAUAGGUAUGGCUAUUUCCUGUUGGUGCCACAGGUCAAAGGUCUGCUCUAAGUAUUGCAGCAUCAGCCUCUUAGGCAACAAGGAAUGAUAGGGAUCUUGGAAAUUAGUCAUAUCUCUAAGGUCACGAAAAUGACUGUAAGCUAGGAAUUUGAUGCACUUCUUUGAUAAAGGGUACUUAUCUUUCCACUGACAAGAGGUAUUUUUUUCUUUUGUUAGCAGUAUGAAUUUUUUUUUGAGACAAAAGUCUCGAUAUUUUGCUUAGUCUGGAUUUGAACUCCUGUGCUCUUAUGUCAGGCUCCUGAGUAGACAUGUGCACCACUGUGUCUGGCUGAAUAUUUUUAUUAUAUCUAAAAUUUUUUAAAUAGUUUAGUGCUCACAAACCCCUUCAAAUAUAAUACAAAAUGUCAUGUACCCUUCAUACAGCUUUGUUUAAUGAUAAUAGUAACCAUAACAACAGUGCCCUGUCAAAGGCAGGAAAUUAACUUUGAUACAAUAUUGCCAGCUCGUGUACAUAUUUGAAUUUAGCCAAUUUUUCCAUGAAGUGGGUGUAGUUACAUGAAAUUUUAUUAAAUAUUUAUAUUUGAGUGAUCGGCACAAUCAGGAUCUACAGUUGUUCAAUUACCACAAAGAAACUCCUUCAUGUCACCUCUUAAUAGGCAUACCCAUUCCCCAAAUCUUAUCUGUGUCAAGUAUGAGUCGAUUGUGAACUGUAAUUUUGUCAGUUUAAGGACAUUUUAUAAUGACAUCAUAGUACAGCUUCAGUUUUUGCAUUAUUUGUGCAUGUAUGUGUGUAUACAUGGCGCAGCACAGGUGUAAGAAAGCGAGAACCUGCUGCGUGUGGGGGCAUACACCUAUAAUCCUAGCACUCGGAGAGCUCAGACAGGAGGAGUGCUAGGAGUUCAAGCCAGCCUGGGAUACACAGCAAGAACCGUUUUCAAACAAAAGAACCAAAACAAACUGCUUACUGGUGCAUGAUAUAUUAGUGCUUACAUAAGAACUGGAAAGAUGCCUAGUGG